GGUGAACAGGUCACGCCUCAGCAGCAGCAACAGCAACAGCAAUAGCGACGAAGACGACGUCCAUCUAUUCAGUCCGAUCUCGCUCUUUCUCACCCUCUCUCUCAACACACCCACCCAUUCACCCACGGACUCCCCUCGGCGCGCACCCUGCCACCGCCCGCAACAACACUCACCCACGCUUUCCACCUCGCCUCCCUUCCUCGCUCUCACACUUACACAGCGAGAAUACAAUACACCCAACCACAUAACCAACACACACCGGCACACCACACACCACACAUCCACACCGCGACCAUGCAUCGCAAAAACCCCAUCAGCGUGCUUGUCUACAACACGCUCUUCCCCACGCCCUCGCCCACAGAUCCACCCUCCUUCUCCGCCCACCUCUCCAAGAACCUCGUCGGUGAGGUUCGCAUCGAAACUGCAAACUUCUACGGCUCGCUCGACACAAUCGAGGCGCGCUACCCAGGUCUCAACUACGCCUUCCAACCGCACAGGAAACGUCUCGGCCGCUUCCCGCACCACAGGCGGCUGUUCGAGGCCUUUGACAAACUCGGCUUGACAGAGGCAGAGAUUCAGGGCUUCUGCCGGUGGGAAGGCACGCUCUGGGCGCGUGAGCGAUAUGAGCGCGACGAAGGAGUGCGAGUAGUCGAUACGACGGGUGUGGAGAUCGGCGCCUGGGUAGACCGGCGAUCACAUUAUGCGCGGACAGGACCCGGCAUCAACAUAAAGACGGAUAUUGAGGUUGAAAUCGAGCAACUCCAGCACCAGCGCAGCGAUCACAACGCCCGAGCACCAUCAUCAAAUAUCACCACCACUUCGUCGGCUCGGCUCCCCACACAGCACGACACUGAAAUGCCAGAUUCACCCACGACAACCACCUCGUCCAACGCCGGCAACUCAGAAGACGAAAAUGAGCAUGAUUCCUCUGCGUCAUCGUCGGAAGAAGACGAAGAACUCCCCCACCUCAACUCAUCCAUCGGCUUCUCGCUCAACGCCCGCCUCCUCCACGCCGCCGCCCUGCGCGAAUCCAGCACAGCAGCCGGCUCCUCGCCCGCCGCAGCCCUCAGCAAUAUCCCCAUGGACCCAGAGUGGGAGCAGUAUCUCAAAGAAGCCUCUGAGCGCGGCGAGCUCAACAUCGAUGCCACCCGCGAGGCGCUACGGACCAUGGCCGGCCAGAUUGCCCAGCUGCACCAGAGCAGCGUUGAGGCUGAGGGCAGCGAAGCCAUUACCCAGACUUUUCAGCCGCCCGCCGCGCCGCUGGCCUAGCAUCGCCACAGUGGAUUCGACGGCGCGCUCGUCGACGCGCUUCUUCUUAUGUUUUGUAUGAAUUGAGAGGCAACCCCCGAGAAAGAAAGAAGAACUGUGGGGAGGAAAGAAGGAAAGGAAAAGAGA